GAAAAGACCACAUCUCAUUUCACCAGAUUGGUAAAAUUCGUUAAUUGUUCCAUAAUAUGACGGAUAGAAAUUUAUUGCAACAAGAGAUUGAUUUGUUAAUGAAUAGGAUGCCAAAUACGGAAGAGGCUAGAAGGCUUAGAGGCUAUACAGCAGCUAAAAUUGCUUUUGAGAAAUAUGGUGAUAUAGAUACCGCUAAAAGACAUCUUAAAAUGUAUUUACAAGAAAGGCCAGACAAUAUACCUGCUUUAUUGUUAAUGGGUGAUAUAUAUUCAGCAAAACAUGAUUACUUAAAUUCUUUCCAAUGCUAUGAUAAAAUAUAUGCUAUGUAUAGCUCUAAGGAAAUACUCUUAAAAAUAUGCAAUAUUUUAUAUCAUAUGCCUAUGGAUAUGAUGGAAGAAUGUUAUCCACAGAAAUGGUUAUCAAUAACUAAUGAUGUAUACCCAAAUCAUGACUUAAUAUCAAAAUUGAAUGAUAAAAUUUAUAAAUAUUCCAAUGUUGAAAAGGAUAAGGAUGAUCAAUUUUAUGACACUUUUAAUCAAUUUGGAUCUCCAUUAAAAAACCAUUCUGAUCACACUUUUAGAGAUGAGCAACAAAUGGCUAAACAUAAUGAUCAUCUUUUUAUUGCAAGCUCACCCCAUACCAAAAACGUUAAUAAUUCAAAAUCUAAUGAUUCUAAUAAUCUUGACAAAGUUAAUAAUGUGAAGACAAAAGCUUAUAAUUUUGACACCAAAUUGGAUAAACCAUCUAUAUUUUCCUUUAACAAUAAAUCAAAUACAAGCCUCUUUGGGAAAUCUCUAUUCAAUUCCUCUAGCAAUAUUUUGCCCAUAGCAAAACACAAGGACUUAUUACCUAAUAAACCAACAUAUGAUCAGCUCAAAAAUAUCUCAAAUCUAGACUAUUCUCAUUUAUCGCAUGACAGCAUAGAUAAUUCAUAUCCUCUUAAGAAGGAAAUCUUUAGCUCUGCUUUACAAAAUCCCACCCCUAGCAACAUAGUAAUUAAUUUGAUGACAGGGCCACCGUUAAGUGGACCAACUUAUCCAACACCGCCUUUGAAUCUCACUAACAUGUCUCAUAGUGGAGAAACCCCAUCAGAGCACACAAUAAAUAUUCAACCUUCUCAUAUCAAUCCCAAUGUUAAGUUGGAAGAUAACAAAGAUCUAUCAACUAGUGUUUCCUCCAAUAUGUUGCCUCAAUUUAUGAUUUCCCAGAUAAAAUCCUUCCAAGAAAAUGACAAACAGACAAAGGAACUCUUGGGAGCCUUCACCAAGACAUUGCAAUCCAAUCAAUCAAUAAUAAUGUCCCUGGUUGAACAGAAUCAUUCCCUAGCUCACUCCCAGUUAGAAAAAAGGGUGGAUGACAAAUUGCAGAAACUUUUUGAAAGCCUUAGCAUUAUCAACGAACAGCAAAGCAACCUAAGAAACAGCCUCAACGAGCAGCAAGCCAAUCUGAGGGCUGAUCUGAAUUCCUUGCGCAUAGCCUUCUCCCGGAUGCCGCUUAUCUAUCAUGACAGACAUCAUCAUCCCAUGAUCACACAAUACAAUCAUCAACUAGAUGAACAUUAUUAUGGACAGAAUAUCAGGGCUUCACCCAACAAUUCUUACACAUUUGGCUCCUCGAAUACAAAUUUCCCACCAUACCGGUUGCCAACCACAUUGAAGGAUUACUAUGAUAAUAACCACGAAGAUUAUGGUAAAGAAGGUACCUCCCCAUCCUACAAUAAUUACGCAGACUUCCAAUCUAUGGGAAACACCACCAGAUUCUCUCCAAAACAGAUGUCUCCCGAACCCCGUCAAACGGUCGCCAUAUCUUCCUUCAGCAAUCAAGUCUUAUCGAAGACCCUGGUCAAUACCACUUCUCUCUUAUCUAAAUCUUCUUCCACGAUUAUCCAGCCAGGAUUCUUCAGCUUCACCAGUGUUGUUUCUUCUACAACAACUGCUACCAUGAACUUUAAAUUUGAACCCUCUUCGGUUUUCGCUACUCAACAACAUAGUUUAUUGAGUGGUGGAUUGAAAACUCAGAUAACAACCACCAAGACCUCGGGGAUAAAUUUCAAUUUUUUCUCUUCCCCCCUUUCUUCCCCUCAAACGAUAUCGACCGCUUCACCCAUUAUUAUAUCUACCCAAGGUAGUAAAGAUGGCAUAUCAUUUGGCGACAACCGAAAUUUCACCUUCGCCCCUGUGGGCUUCAAAGGCGUGGUCCAGCAAGAUAUCAAGUCGAAUACAAAAGAUUCCAAGUCACCCACUACCGGAGGAGAUAUCAUUGUUAGUGGCAAUACGGUCAAAGGUAGGGCAGACAUUUCCAGAAGUUUCGACCAGACAGAGGCAGGCGAUACAGAAGAGUCCGAUACCAGCACGUACAAUGGUUCCUAUGAAUCUGAACAUCACUCGUACCAACAUCCGAAAGAUGAACCCGGUCUAGGUGCUUACCUUAAUUACGCUAAUGGGUGGACUUGUGAUGCUUGUUACAUAGUAAACGCUCUGGAGAGAAACAAAUGCAUUGCUUGCGAUACCUCACGUGAUGGGGCGACCAAGAAGUCACCUGACACUGUCGUAGAUGGAAUUGCCGGCAGUUCCCUCAAGACCACAAGUUCGUUUAAAAUGAUUCCCACAACCAGUAUGCCAGGUGCUGUAAAAUCCGACGGUGGUAAAGCAUCUCAACAAAAGACGGCUCAAGAAACUCCUCCCAAUCCAGAUGUAGAACUAAUCUACGAAAAAUUGCCAUCGCCAGAUUUAGUGGAAAAAGCCUUAAGCCUCAGCCUCUCACCCUAUUUUUACCUUUACCAAUCCAAACCAAAAUCCCACACUAAAUGCAUCGGAUGCGAAGAUGAAAAUGGAGAUAGCCUUUUGCCGCAAGAAGGGGAUAAAUCGCUCAACAAGGAAAGUAGUCAUGACAUAUCACAGCGGUCGGAAAGUAGCUACACUAGAACUCCCCUCGGUAAAGGCAGCAAGUUGAUUCAGGUCGGACUGGAUGGAAUACUGAUGGAUAAAUCCACGGGGGAAAAUAUUCUUUUCAACGAAAGAGCAAAAAUCUACAGAUUUGACCCCAAUACCAAGGAAUGGAAGGAAAGAGGCCUAGGGCAAAUGCUGGUGCUUUCGGAUCCGCAAAUCGUUAACCGGACCCGGUUACUCUUCAGGAGGGAACAAAUCUUCAAAUUGGCUUGCAAUCACAGGAUAGAACCCAGCCUCAAGUUGAUGCCCGGCCCAUCUGUCAAUUCCAACUUACCCGCUCUUUCUCCCGGGGGGAAACCUUCCCAAGAUGGGAAAGGCAAAAAUAAUACGUGGAGUUGGCGGGCAGUCGAUUUCAGCGAACCAGACAUUUGCGGAAGCGAGGGAAUCGAAGAGAAAUUCACCGUUAAAUUUAAGAAUUGCGAAAUCGCUCAAAAGUUUGGAGACAUCGUAGACGCUUGCAAAUCCGGCCGAACGUCAAAAACGUUAACCAUAAAUGAUGUACCAAAUGACCCUUCACUGAACCGCCCCAGGGCUCCCUCGGAAAGUUAUCAAGAGGAAGAUAGUAACCACGAUAUCAAUACUUUUCAUAGCCCCAGUACCGAAAAAGUCACUCCCGAUAUGCCAGCCACCAACCCCUGCUUCGGGAACUUUGACACCUUUCAAAAAUCGAUUUCGACAGGCGAUUCAUCCAGAAGCGACAAUUUUAAAUUUAAUACCAAUUUUUGGGCUACCGAUGGUAACGACGCUAAAUCGAUAGACUCAUUUAUAUUCAAACCAUUGAACAAAGAUACCGUCAUAGCCCAAGCCGAUAGCAGCUCGAAAAAUAUUUUUAACGCUACUGAAGCAUCAUUUUUCGCAUCUUCAAAACUCAGCCUUCCGCCCGUCACCGGUAAGGUUCCUAUCACGGUUAAUGCGGUCACUACUUCUAACCCCAUUUCCUUCAACUUCAAGCCCUUUUCAAUCUCUAAACCUCUCCAAGAUAAUAUCGCGGUAAGCGACUCCUCCACACUAUUUACCAGCGCUGACAUGGGGAAUCAAGUGAAAGCAGCGACUUCUAGCAAAACGUCAGGCGGCUUCAAUACUUCAAACGAUAGCUCAUUUACCGCCGCGUCCAGUACUCUUCGCGAUAUAUCCUAUGUUAAGGACGAUGAUGGCAAUGCCAAGAAUGACAAGUCAUUACCCAUAUUCGGUUCCAUCCUUAAAACGUCUUCUAAUUUUGGCGAUUUCUCCUCUUUUGGUUCGGUUCCGCUAGACGGUAAACGUGAAGUAUCUUUUGCUUCUUUGGCAGCGCAGCCAAUCAAAGAAACUGGUGACGUUGACACUAUAAAGGAUAAGGCGUACGUCGGAGGAGCUUUUACGUUUGGGAGCGGGUUAUCCAUUAACAAAGGAAUCAAUCCCGAACUCCUUAAACCUAAACCCAUGUUCGGGUUCAAAGAGAAACCUAUUCCGCAAGACCAGGAAAACGAAACAACGGAGGAAGAUUUAAACGCAACGGAAUUGAAUAUCGUAAACGCUCCGCUUGUCGACCUGGUACCUAUCGUAACCGGGGAAGAAAAUGAGACUGCCGUAUUCAAUGAACGGGGCAAGCUUUACAGAUUCGAUUCAACGACGAACGAAUGGAAGGAGAAAGGCGUUGGACAAUUCAAAAUUUUGAAGAGUAUUGCGGAUCACGAAACGAUAUACCGAUUUUUGAUGAGGCGCGAAAAAAUUCUUAAAGUGGCGUGCAACCAUAGGCUUACUUCCGCCUUAAAAUUCCAACCUUUCCCUCAGGACAUCAAAGGAACCUCUUUAAGCUGGCAAAGCAUGGAUUAUUCUGGCGACUCCGAGCACGCGGACGAGGCUUUGGAAGGGAAGCGAGAAUUUUUCACGAUUCGAUUUAAGAACAAAGAAUUGAUGGAUAAAUUCAAAGAAAUCGUAGAGAAAUGUCAGGAAGAAAUUAAAGCGCAUUGAAAAUAUAAUUUAUAUUAAUUUAGUCAUUACAUUUAUAUUAUUAUUUUUAAAUAAAUCAAUUUUACAUUAAUUAUAUAUUACACUUUCUUAUUUCAUUCUUCUUAUUUUAUGAAUUAUUUUGGUUUCACUCAUUUGGCAAAUAUAUUUACAAAUAUUAUUUUGUGUGUGUAUUUAAAUUUUCCCUAUUUUUAAAAAAAAAAUAAAGGCAUUUUUAUGAAA